AUGGCACAGCAAGGGGGCAUCUACAAAGUCCCGCCACGAUUCACGUACUCUUUCACACGUCCCAUGCCUUCAUCCCAGCCCGAAGAAGAUACCCCCUUCAAUGAGAAGUCUGCUACAGCGGACGGCGACGUCAUAGGCGAGAAGAAGCCCGUCACCGCGGCUCCCGCUUCACCGCUGCGGAAGACUGGCGGAAAAGGAUACGUCAACGACGACGACUGGGUUGUCGUGCCCAGCAACCCCGAGGACGACCCGGAAGAAGAAAGGAGGCAGAAGGGUAUCUUUAUUGAUUACCAUGCCGGACGUAGCGAAUUUCACUUUAUCCUCUUCAAGCUGAAGCCCGGUGUCUCGUCCUCGCAGGUCGACGAAAUGCGUGCCGCGGGCGAGGCCAUGGUCGGCGUCAUCCCCGGCCUCAAGUCCUUCACUCUCGGCCCACCGCUUGCGAGUACCGCGCACCGUGCGCAAGGGUUCGACAUGGCGCUGAUGACGGUCUUGGACACGGAAGAGCAGGUGCUCGCUUAUGCGGGGCAUCCCGCUCAUCAGAAGCUUCACAAGCUCCGCGAAUCUUUGUGUACAGAGACGUUGGCUUAUGACUUGCCUGCGCCUUGA